AUGGAAGACGAGCUGAGAAUUUCACUAGGAAAUGAUUCUUUGGGAGCUUUUUCUGUUAAUAGAAAUGUAGUUACCUCUUAUGAUCAUUAUCGUAAUGAUCAAAACUACGGUCGGAAAAGUGUUCUGAGGUCGUAUUCUGUACAACCAGGCGCACACAGGGACGAUGGUGCUUUCGGGUUCGAAAGUCCUACCAAUCUGUGUAAACCAUCCAGUCCAAUAGCUCCAGCCACAUCACCGAGUCUUCAAGCAUUGCCCAGCAUCACGACCAUCAAUCAAACACCGGAACCACGAGUUUGUUGGAAAGAUUUCUUGACUCAGCUGAACGCUAAAGGGAAGACGUCGAAGUUCUCUGUAAGGUCUGGGUUCGAUGAUGUACGAGUUAUAGAACACAAGUAUUCCCGACACAGCAAACAGAAAACAUCCCUUCAGGUACUCCAGCCAACACGUGCCCCUGCACCCUUUCCAUCAAAAUAUACGCCAACCCCCCGACCUCAUCACCUUAAACCUCUGGAUUGCCAUAAGAGACAGAAGAAAAAGAGACGAAAUAAAAGUGUGAACCCGGAGCUUGAUGUCAGUGGCAACGGUUUGUAUUGUCCAGCUUCGGAUCCACCACCGAAUAAGGAUUAUAUCCCUGGGUUUGUGAAGAUCAAGCAUCACGAUUGUUACCGAUGCGUAAACCGGAUGUCGACUCAUGAUCAGCAUUCCUGGAUUCAAGCUUUUAAUUUUGCUUGUCGGAUUCGAAAAUCGUCCACGAAACGAAGCCCAAAAGUUGCUGGUGAACACUUGCUGUGUGUCAAAGGUUCAAAAGAUAAGUUCAUAACUAAUGCAGCUGUAAGUAACGAUGAAGUUCACGGCCAGAUUGUGCCUCGAUCACAGAGUGAAAAUCUUCCCGAUACUAACGAGGCAGCUACCGAUAUCACUAGCGGGAAAUACGCAUCUAAACCAUUGACCAAGAAACGAGGAUCCAUAAUCAGAGCUGGAAAAAUAUCAGAACGCCACAGAAACAGUCAGGGGGAUCCGAAAUACCUCACCAGCAUCAUGCUGACAAUGCCUAUCAACGUCGAGUUCCUUAAAAACAUGGAACUGAACAAUCUAACUCACACUUUAAAAGGAGCACAAUCAUUGACGAUGGCGAUUGAGUACAAUAGAAAAAACAGAAAAAGGAUAAUGGAAAAGAAAUUGGAGGCACAACAGAAAAGUGAGGACCUAGCCAUCGCCUCGAGCUUCACCAUGUUAACGCAAUCAGAGAGCUUGUCCAAAAUCCACAAUGAGCAGGACCAGCUAAGAGAACUUUCAUUCAGCGUAAUGGAGGAAUCAGAUGCCCUGUACCGUCCUGACAGCAUUAUGUCACUGUCUGAUGGUCCGAUUUCAAAUAGGCGUCCAGUAGUGAUCUUCUCCGAAACUGAUCUCCGAGAAAAAAACAAAGAUCUCCAUCUGAAUAAGAAUACGUCUGCUAACAAUGACAUUGAUCUGUAUACCAAAAGCAAGGAUAAUGGGGGUCCAGCUGAUCUCAAGUCUGAAUCAGAAGCAAACAGCUUAGAAGAACCCGAUGCGUCAUCUAAGGAACAACCAGAAAUUAUUACCACAAAUUUAAAUGUUAGCGAUUCUUCUUGUUAUUGGGUGUUUACAUCGGAGAUGACCCAUCCAAUUAAUGAAAAUCUCGAAGGAAGUACGCCACAAAUUUCCCAAAGUCUUCAGACCGAGAGUCAAAAUGGGACAAAAGAUGUACCACAAGUUCCAGAACAUCUUCCUAACGAAGAUUACCGCGAGGAUGAAGAUCCAUAUUUGGAAGAAGAUGAUGACGAAGAAGGAGAUGUCUUUUAUGAACUUCGAUCCUUUCCACAGAAAUUCAAUAUAGAAAAUUUUGCGCUUCCAACUGGUAAGGACUUGUGUUACACCGCCAUGACAGAUAAAAGAUACAAUAAAUGGAGUCGCCAGAAACGUAGAGGAAGCAAGAAAAAGCCGAAGAAACGGGAGAAGGAGGACAAAUAUGCCGUAUCGGACGAGAAUCUUUCAGCUACCCAGGAAGUUUACCUCAGAAAUCUGGAGGCUAUUUAUAGAUCUCGUGAAGGAACCAUAAAAUACAACCAUGAUAAAGCCAACAACGAUAUCGUUACGCAUUCGGAAUGUGACCCAACUCUAGUCGCUAGUGCGACCUCAAAAGUAUCGCUUUCUGGUUCACGCGUCCAAACGAUAUCGUCUACGUCGUUGCAGAAAGUUUGCGUCUUGGAAGGCAUAUCCAAUGCUCUACCGCCGCCUUACCGUAACUCUGAUACGAGUCAGGCAAGCUAUAGUUUUGCGGAUGUGGUCGAAGGCGAACUGAAGAUGCUUUGUACUAGUAACAACAGUGAUCAAUUCAUGCCUAAAAAUGGACGAUGGGAUUCGCAUGACCAAGAUCUCAAUAUCAGAGCAAGCGAUUCGAGAUCUUUACACGUUGAAGAAGUAGAUAAUCAAGAUCUGCGUUCAUCUAUGGAUUUGACUUUCCCAUUGCGAAGAUCGGCCUCUGGCAAUACUCGUGGAUCCGCUGAGCAUGUUCCCCGCAAAUCAUCCUCCUUACUCACUAUGCCCUCAAAUGAGCGUUCAGAGGAAUGUAUACCAACAAAAGAACUGGGAGUAGAUCUACCGGAGCUGGUAAAGCCAGUGACAGCUCAAACUACAGGCCACGGGAAGAGAUCUGUACCAAGCCAUGCCUACAUAGCCAGUGUACAGAAGCAGAUCCUUGACUACCAUAGACGAGAUUUGUUUAAUGGUAGCAGUUUGAUAUGUCCUCUAUAUGUCACCCUUCCUACUAUGGAUAUAAACAUAACGGGAAAAGGACAAACAGGAGUGAGACGAUCCGCUCCAGUAAAACCAACUCGACCUUUUGAUCGAAGGAAAAAGUCUCCAAGAUUCAUUCCAAGGAACUAUACAGCGGUGAGAAUUUCUGAAGAUCCGGUACUCUCGAUUGUGAAAGGCAAAAAGGCUCAUGGUACCACUACAAGAAGGUCGAAACCUAAAACUUUUAAAAGAAGAGUUCAGAUAGGAGAAGAAAUGGAGGCUAUAACUAUACAUGAUUUACUCAGUAAUCUCAAUUCUAGUGCAGAUCCAAACUGCUCUAAAACUAAGUAUUUCCAGAAGCAUCCAUCCAACAAAUCACCAUGUCGCGGUCAGACAUUUAGAGAAAUUUACGGGAAAACAACGUGUCCAACUGGUAACCAUGGAAAUAGUCCUGAGAAACAAGAACGAGAACGAAGUCUGUCAGCUCUGUCCAUCUCCAAAUCUGUCAUUUUCUCUGUCCUUCCCAUUCCUGACUUUUAUAAAAUUCCAGAACGUUUUAAAUAAAUUAGAUUUUUUUUUC